AUGGCAGCACUAGUGUUUUUCCUUUUCCUCGCUGUGCAAGUGGUAACGGGAAGUGAAAAUUAUAGAAGUGAAGGGUUUUUGGACCGGCUGACAAAUGGGAUGAAAUUCGCAAAUGAUUUGUUAGGUCCUGAAUCUCUGGCUUUGAAAGUAGCUGAUUUGAUUGUAAAAGCGUUCCAAACAGGAAACCGACCAGCUCCUCCUCCAGCAUACAGAAGACCGUCCCAUGACAAUAUAAAUGUAAACGAAAACAGUGAUGAGGACGUGCAAGAAAAUAAACCUUAUUACCAUGUCAAUGAGGCUCCAAGUCCUGUGAAUCCGCUGCGAUAUUUAGUGAAGCUGAUGGGACUUCAGUCGAACCAAAUCGGUGCAGUUGCUGUGAAUGCUCUCGUAUUUGUUGCACAAAUGAUCUCAACAUUCUUCGCAGGACCUCAACGAUCUCAUGGAACAUUCCGAUCUGACGACACCAGUUGGAUACUCAACAAGAACUCCUUACGACUGCAAGAGUUGAUCGCCGCUGCGAAAAACGACUCUAUUCUGUACGACAUAGACGACAUUAUUAAACGACAAGGUUCUGAUGAAGAGACCAGUUGCAUAAGAUUAUUGGUUUGCAAAAUUACACCUUACGUGCAUAGGAUGCAAGAUGCAGUAUUCGGUAAAAAUGGUGGCAGCACUGAUAGUGGGAAGCCGAAAGAUCUUCGUGGUUCUGCAGUGAUGUAUCGCCAUCUGCCGACUGCUGAUGAAAUUAAAGCGCACAGCGACAUCUGUGAACGGAGACAUAAAGAUUGUGAUCUAUACGAAUGA